AUGCCUGCCCUAGACGUAGCGGAGAUUCGCAGUCACUUUCCAGCUCUGCAGCAGAAACAGGUGUUUUUUGACAACGCUGGAGGAAGCCAGGUCCUGAAGGCAGUCAUCGAUUCGUACAGCUCCCCAUUCGUAUCCCAAACCACCGCUCUGACCUCACACGAAUAGCAUUGUAGCAUACCUGACCUCCAACAACGUCCAGCUCGGAGCCAGUUAUCCCGUCUCCCAGGCAUCAACCGAUCUAUUCGAGCAAGGAUGUGCGGCAGUCGCCAAGUACAUUAACACAACUCCCGAUUGCGUAGUCCUCGGCCCUUCCACAACGCAGCUGUUCCGAAAUCUGUCUCUCUCACUGUAUGAGUACAUCACUCCGGGCUCAGAGAUCAUCGUGUCUUUGCUAGAUCAUGAAGCCAACAUCGCCUCCUGGGUCCAACUUGCAGAAUGGAGACAGUGUACCCUGAAAUGGUGGAAUGCCGAAGACAAACAGAAUCCCCAACUAGAUUGCAACGUCUUGCGGAAACUCAUGACUGAUAAGACAAAACUGGUCUGCUGCACCCACACCUCGAAUAUCCUCGGCACCAUCAACAACGUCAAAGCCAUCGCGAAAACCGUCCACGAAGUCCCAGGGGCUCUCCUAUGUGUUGACGCGGUGGCAUACGCCCCUCACCGAGCAAUCGACGUAACAGACUGGGACGUCGACUUUUAUUCCUUCUCAUGGUACAAACUCUACGGCCCACAUAUUGCUUCCAUGUACGCCUCCAAAUCCGCUCACAAGCACCUCCGGACUCUAGGCCAUUUCUUCAAACCAACAGACGGUCUAGAGAACCUUCUGGGCUUAGCCGCCGCAAACUACGAGCUCACCGCUUCGAUUCCAAAGGUAUGCGACUACUUAGCAGGCAUUCCUUGGGAAGAGAGUGCGAAGCAUGAAGAGAACUUGCAGGCUAUUCUCAUUGACUAUCUGAAUUCCAAACCGGAAGUCUUUCGCAUCUUGGGAGAGCCUGUUGCUGAUCGAGAGAAGCGGGUGCCCGUGAUCAGCUUCACGGCGAAAGGCAGGAAGAGCAAAGAUGUUGUAGAUGCGAUUGAAGCAAAGAGCGACUUUGCAUGUCGUUGGGGCUCGUUCUAUUCCAAUCGGCUUGUGAAGGAAGUGCUUGGACUAGAUCCCAUGGAUGGUGUGGUGAGAGUCAGUUUGCUGCAUUAUAACACAGGUGAGUGAAACCGCGAAUAGACAUGUGAAGACCAAAAAAUGAGCUGACAGUGCACCAGUGGAAGAGAUCACAGGCUAUGUCAAGGUUUUGGAUGAAGUUAUACAGUCAUAG